GCGACGCGCGAGCGCAGUGAGUUUGAUGCUGCGCGAGACCCGGGAGCUGCGAGGACGCGGAGCGGAAACCGGAAAGUUAAAGUUCCUGAAGUUUCAUCUUUAAAAUUCCGCUUUAUUCACAUUCAGGGAUCGAAUUCAGGAUAAACUCCGAAAAUGGAUCUGCGGAUUUCACGCUUAUUUUCCGUGUGUGUUAUUUUUCUCACAGGAUCAGUGUGUGGGCUGCAGAUAUCGUCCUCAGGCCCGGCGUCUCUGGAGAAGGCGAGUGGUGAGACUGUGUCUCUGGACUGUGCCUUCACUCUCUCGGCGCAGGACAGCGGACCUCUGGACAUCGAGUGGAGCAUUCAGCCUUCUGACAACCAGAAAGAAGAGAAAGUGGUGAUCCUGUACUCGGGGGACAGGGUGUAUGAGGAUUAUUACCCCCCUCUAAAGGGCAGAGUGCACUUUAACUCCCCCGACCCAAAGAACGGUGACGCCUCCAUCACAAUAAUGGGCCUGAUCGCCUCAGACACCGGCACCUACCAGUGUAAAGUCAAGAAAGUACCAGGCAUCGGCAGCAGGAAGGUCCUGCUCACUGUCAUGGUGCGUCCCUCUAAGCCACGGUGUUCUAUCGAGGGUUCUUCAUAUGUGGGGAAUGAGGUUGUUCUGAGGUGUAAAUCCACUGAUGGGACGAGUCCGAUACAGUACACGUGGGAGAAGACCAGCGACACCAAGCUGCUGCCCGCUAACGCUGUGCUGGAUGCUGCUGCAGGGACGGUGAAGAUCCGUAAUGCGACGGCGGCGGUGUCAGGGAGUUACCUCUGUACUGCACAGAACCGAGUGGGAGCCGAACAGUGUGUGUUGGAGCUCAAAAUCACAACACCUCCGAACACAGCGGGUGUGAUAGCGGGGUCAGUAAUCGGAGUGUUGUUGUUCCUGCUCCUCUUGGCUCUGCUCCUGUUCUGCUGCUGUCGUGCUCGUCAGAGAAAGAAGUACGAGAAGGAGAUUUCCUAUGAGAUCAGAGAGGACGUUCCUGCCCCAAAGAGCCGGAUCUCCACCGCCCGCAGUUUCACCAGUGUGGGGAGUCAGCGCUCGUCUCUCGGCUCCAUGUCUCCCUCCAACCUGCACGAGUACGCCAAGUCCCAAUACAACAAGAUUCCGUCUGAGGAGUACGAGGCGCCGCCUAGCCACGUCCCUGUUCCUCCACCCAGCCACAACCCCGUCAUCCCACCCAGCAGGGUCGCCGGCCCCAACCUCAGCCGCAUGGGGGCGGUUCCGGUCAUGACCCCAGCGCAGAACCGGGACGGAUCCAUUGUGUAGCAUCGGAGUGGCCGAGAGGGACAACACGUACUGAACUCACGAUUUAUUCUUCCAGAUCAUGAGCAGAAGGACAUGCAUAAAGAUGAACGUGUGUGUGUAUAUGUGUGUGUGCGCGUGUGUGCGCGUGUGUGCGCGUGUGUGCGCGUGUGUGCGCGUGUGUGCGCGUGUGUAGAAGUGGAUAAAUCAGAUUCUGCUCUGUAAAUAAAUGAAAUGGUUUUAUUUUAAAUUUGUUUUCAGGUGUCGUGUGUAGUGAGAUGUAGCCGAAGUAUUCUGUGUGUUUUCCUCUAAAAUAAUUUUCAGCAGUUUGAUGAGAAUCCGUCUGGCGCAGAUGAAAGCUAAAAUUAUGAAAUGCCCUGUUUUUCUGGUGGUUUGCUUCCACUCAUUCAAUCAAUAAUUGAAUAGCCUUUUUUUUUUCCUCUCCUCCCCCGCUGGUGAAGUUACUUAGCGAGUUAAGCCAUUGGUUAGCCAGUUAACCUUGUUUUUAUUUAGCACUUAAGAACGCUUUAGUGAAGCUCUGAUGGUUCUUCAUCAAGCUACUGGAGCACGUACCAGAGCAGGAACCAAGGGCAAGAACCAGGGCAGAAACCACCUCCCAUUACAGACUUCAAAAUGUUUCUCUCAUCAGUGGUGAUGUGACGUUCUCUUUCGGUCGCUCGGCAUAUUAGCAAAUUUCUAACUUUGGGGGUCAACAGUGUGUAACCUGUUCAUACAUAGAAACGUUUAUGAAACUCUUCAUUCAUAUAACAGUUCCAAAAACAGCAGAGGAAAAGACUAAAAUAAGGAGAGACUUUCAUGCCAUUGCAGAUUUUUCAAAUGUAGUUGGGGCAAUGGAUUGCAUGCAUGUAGCCAUAAAAUCCAGUUGGUUUACCAUAUAUGGCGAUUUGGAAGCGUUUCUUUAUGUAAAUGAGUGUGGCCGUACACGAGCAGAGCACUUUGGAAUGUGGAUUUAUCAGCAUCCAUUUUGUGCAACUGGGUGUACGUGUGAUAAAUGCCACACUGAAUUAGAACUUGUUCUGCUUAUACUUUGAUAAAUAAGACUCCAGGACCUUCUGAUGGCUCCACGCUGCUGGUGGCCCUGACCCUGUGGUAGCUCCUCCCCUUUGGUUUCCCUGUCCCUGGUGGUUGUAGGUUAUUGGAGGAGCUAACACAUGUCAAGGGUUACUGUCUGAGCCAGGACUGACGAGGUGAUCCUCGCUGUUCUCUCGCUCGCUUGCUCUCUCUGUGUGUGUGUGUGUGUGUGUGUGUGUGUGUGUGUGUGUGUGUGUGUGUGUGUGUGUGUGUGUGAAAGGUUAAUUCUGGCAGAUGAAGGAUUUCACUUUGGUAAAAUGCAGUCAAAAAAUGAAGUAAUAUCUACAGAGUAAAUAAAAUUUAUCUAUAAACUUGUGUGUGAAAAUAGUUACUGUAAUUAGAGUAUUUUGAGUUUUCUGCAGAUCAUUAUAUACACACACAGUUCUGAUGGAGCUCUGUGCUUUAAAGUUGAUGGUGGUGAUGAAGGUAAUAAUGAUAAAUCCCUUUGUCCUGUACUGUGUCUUGUGUAAAAGUGAGCAGUUUUUUUCACCAGGUUGAUUGUUUUCAGUUUCAGUGUGACUGCGGUUUCACAUCAGAUUGUAAUAAACAAUGACUCAGUGUCUGCAGGGUGUGUUUCUAUCUAUUUGUGGAUAUCACAAUAUUACUAUAGUGAUAGAAAUGUAGGGAUGUGACAAAACAUAUACUUUUUAAUUUGAAAACCUAAAAUAGUCAAAUCAUUUGCUUUGAUUUAUUGAGGUUAGGGUUAGCAUAGAAUUAGCCUAGCCUUAAGCAGCGAGACCCGAUGUCAUUCCCACAUGCAGUGAAACCUGUGAACAUAGAAGGGGGAGGGGCUGUUGGUGGUUGUAGCUGUAAUGUCUCUGUUUCUUUCUGCCUGUUUAACUGUAAUAUUUUACAUUUUUGGUUCUAUACAGUUUUGUCUGUUUUGUUAUCACAUAUUCUGUAAAUUGUAUUCUUUUGUUAAUUUUUAAAUAAAAAAGCAAAAAACCUCGGA